AUAAAUACAUGUAUUUACACCACUCGUCCCAUUAAGUAUAACUAGAACAAAGUCACCAGGAUGACAAUGUCGCCUAUCUUUGUCUUUGUGGCUUUUAUUGCAGUUUGCAACGCACAGGUACCCCAUUUAGGGAAAUGCCCGGAUGUUCAAGUGGUGCAGAAUCUCGACGUAGACAAAUAUUUAGGUGACUGGUAUGAGAUCAAAAAGUUCUUUUUCUUCAUCGAGGGUGCGGAAACCUGUAUCAGAGCCAAUUAUAGCCUGAAGGGCGACGGUCAUAUCCAAGUAUUUAACCGGGGAAUCAAUCCAGACGGCAGCGAAGACAAUGCGAUUGGUGAUGCCUACCCACCAGAUACCAGUGUCCCUGCAAAAUUAGCUGUGACCUUCAAUGGUUCACCGCGUGUCCCUUAUUGGAUCGUCGACACUGAUUAUGUUAAUUACUCUCUCGUGUGGUCGUGCACUGACCUGGUCGGUCUCGUGCAGACUGACUUCGCCUGGAUCCUCAGCCGGAAAAAGACUCUUGACACCCAGACUGUUGACAAACUCGUUAACAAGCUUGGAUCGUUCGGCAUCAACACGUCCAGUUUCAGGGAUACUGUGCAAGAUAACUGUCCGUACUGAUACACUUGCUUAAUAUUUUGUAAUAUUAAUAUUCUUUUUGUUAUAUGUCUAUCUGUUGUUGUUGUUUUUUAAA